AAAACACGAAAGAUGUACAGAAAAUCAUUAACCUGACCCUAGUUUUCUUGUUGCAGAGAGUCACUGCCACUGUUAGCUGUGCUUAUUGCUCUUUCUUUCUUCCGCCAUCUUUCUCUCCCAAAACUCAUAUAGUGUAUUCAACAAGAUUCACUCAAAUAUCAAAAAAAAUCUUUUUUUUUCCAUUUGAUAGCUGUUGCUUUUUUCAGAAGCCACUCAUUUUCUCCUUAUAUCAAAAACUUCUACUUUUUACAAAUUUGAUGCUGUCUCCAUUAAAGCUUUCACGAACCCAAUUUGCUCAUUUCCCACGAGAACUCGUUGAAGCUUCUCACGGAAAAGCAUUACCCAAAAGUCUCCACUUUUAUACUAUAUAAUCCCUUAUAGUACUCAUUCUCCUCUUCAUCUAUACAAUGAAGAUCAAAUUAUUGUUUCUAUUUUUGGCUCAUGCAAUCUUUUUUCAGCAAUGUGUUGCGAUUCUUGAACCAAUUGAUUUCUUGGCAUUACAAGCAAUUCACAAAAGCUUGGAUGAUUUACCCGGUUCGAAAUUCUUUGCUUCUUGGGAUUUUACUUCCGAUCCAUGCAACUUCGCCGGAGUUUAUUGCGAUGGUAAUAAGGUGAUUGCAUUGAACCUUGGUGAUCCCCGGGCCGGGUCACCGGGUCUUACCGGAAGAUUGGACCCUGCUAUUGGUAAACUCUCUGCUUUAGCUGAGUUCACUGUGGUUCCCGGCCGGAUAAUCGGAGUACUGCCGGAAAGUUUUUCACAGUUGAAGAACUUAAGGUUUUUGGGAAUUAGCCGGAAUUUUCUAUCUGGACGGAUUCCGGCGGGUUUGGGUAAGCUCCGGGGGCUUCAAACUCUUGAUCUUAGUUUCAAUCAGCUCACCGGAAAUAUACCUUGGGCCAUCGGAACAAUUCCGGCAUUGUCCAACGUUAUUCUCUGUCAUAACCGUUUAUCCGGUUCAGUGCCGCCUUUUGUUUCUCAGCGGUUAACCCGACUCGAUCUUAAACACAACGAACUUUCCGGCUCGCUUUUGCCAAUGUCACUUCCUUCCUCGCUUGAGUAUCUUUCAUUGUCAUGGAACCAGUUAAGCGGUCCGGUCGACCAUUUAUUGUCUCGGCUAAACCGGCUGAAUUAUCUCGACCUCAGUUUAAACCGGUUCACGGGCUUCAUUCCGGGCAACUUGUUUAGAUUUCCUAUAACCAACCUUCAGCUACAAAGGAACCAAUUCACCGGUCCGAUUUACCCGGUCGGUCAGGUUACAAUUCCCAUUGUGGACCUUAGCUUCAACCGGUUGUGGGGCGAAAUAUCACCUUUGUUCUCGAGUGUGCAGAUUUUGUAUCUGAAUAAUAACCGGUUCACGGGUCAGGUUCCUGGUAUCUUGGUAGACCGGUUAUUAUCGGCUAAUAUACAUGUUUUGUAUUUGCAACAUAACUUCCUGACAGGGAUUGCGAUUAAUCCGGCAGCUGAGAUUCCGGUUCGUAGCUCAUUGUGUUUGCAGUAUAAUUGCAUGGUAUUACCGGUUCAGACACCUUGCCCUUUGAAAGCCGGGAAGCAGAAAAGCCGGCCUACAUCUCAGUGUGGGGAAUGGAGGGGGUAAAAUGAAGAAAUAACACAGAAUGUUAUUGGAUAAUUUACGAGGGUUUUUGAUUAAAUUUUUGUGAAAUUAAGGGGUAUAAAAAUAAAAAUCCAAAAUGUGAAUAGAGAAGACAGAUUAGAGUAGCAGGGUAAGAGUUGAUCAGUUUAGUUACUUGUAAGCUCUUUUGGGAGCCAAAAAUUGUGACUAGCAAUUUUUGGCAUUUCUUGGUAAUCAGAUAUACGGAUUUUACCUUAUUAAUUAUGUUGCAAAUUACUACUAGCUUUUUUUGAAAUGGAGAAAAGUUCUUUCUUUUUAUUUUUA